UUAAAAGGUACCAAGGACUCUCCUAGCCCACCGGUGUGGGAUUCUUUGGCAUUCCUACCGAAGAGGCGGGUUUAAGAGUCGCGGGUUUGACCGGCUCGAGGGGCUGAAAGGCCCAUACCUAACACAUUUUCAUCUGAAAUUUUAGAUUGCGUAAACUAGACUUAAUGUAGAAGAUGCUCAAAAAAAUUCAUCACAAAAUUCCAUUGGUAACCGCCCCAAAUGGCGAAGGACGGACAUAGCCUCCUAUAAAAGGGGUGAUUUGCACUUUUUCGGUUAGUUCGAGGGCUUAUUUGCCCCUUUUCCCAACUUUUUUGAACGGGUUUGAGCUUCAUUUCGGAUCUCAUGAGUCAAACUUCAUAUCUUACGGUUAUCGAGCUGAACACGAGACUCAUUUGUAAAACUCGUCAAACUUCGAGCUCAAACCUUAACAUCAUUAUUACUGAAUCCAGUCGAACUCUAGCUUUGGAUGUUCGUCUCGGUUUGACUCGUUAACGGCCCUAGCUUAGGGUACUAUGUGAUACGUUAGGUCAUUAAGUACUUGUGUGGUUGGUUGUAGGGGCCGUUUCUUCCGGCUCAGGUCUCUGAUGAUACGUUAGGUCAUUAAGUACUUGUGUUCAUAAGUUUUAUUAUGUGUAUUCUUGGGUGAUUGCUUGAAGACUAAUGAUAAAGGGUUUUCAAAGGCCUUCUUUGUAUUUCCUAGAACAUGUCUACAUUGUUUUCAUUAUUUUCCUGAUCACGAAUGAAUGCUUUUGUUGUCUUAAGGGCUUGAACUUGCUUGUUUUUCCUUCCAUUGUUAGAGCUAUUGGUCGUGUUAGUGCCCCAACAGGUGUUGGCGGCUAGAGGAAGGGGCUGACUAAAUUAAGCUCAGCACACAAAGGAAUUUCCACCGUCAAUGAAAGGUGUAUCAAGGAAAGUAUCAGACUAUAUUCAGUUACUUCACACUGAUACAUUAGUUAAAGAGGUAAGCUUUGUUUUUUUUGCUAAUGACGUCUACUUGAUGGUAUACUAUUGGAAAUAAUUCUAGCACGAUUUCACAUGCAGGUGAUGGUCUCGUUUUUUCAGGUUUAAUUUUGGGGAUAUACAAUCUUUUGAAUGAUGCAUCUGAACUAGAUCACAUUAUGAAAAAGAACGUUUUCUUAUGCAGUGGGACGGUUAAAGAGAAAUUUCUGAAUAUGUUCUUUUCUAAAAAGUGUUGUAUCAUUUUAUUGCUUUUUAUGAUGACACAAGUGAUUCUAACUCUGUAAAGGGUAACAUUUGAUGAUUUUCUAUUCAUCUUUUCAGCAGAAUUAUCAAUAUAUUAUUUUUGAAAUUUGACAAAAGUGCUUUUACCUGUUCCAAGUCAUCCCAAAUGGGCUCUGGCUACUUUUAGAUAUGACUAUUUUAGUAACUUUCACGAGACACCAUCCUUCAAUUCUUGCUUCUUUUUGUUUUACUAUUUCAUUGUCUUGUUGUAAUCACCGAUCCCUGUGCCAGGGUUGGGAUGAUCCGUAUGUUCCACAAACACAUGAGGGUCUCUUGAAGUGGAAAUACCCAGAAAUGAACUCAGUUGAUCCCCUGAUUGAGAUACGUGAUGAGCGUGAGUUACUUUAUCUUAACGAAGAAAAGAAACCGAAACUAAUGGAAGGGAGUAGGGUUGUUUUCCAACUGAUGAGCUUACCUUCUCUAGGAAACAUGCAUGAUGAGAUGGAUUUCAAGUUCUUGAGAGAUUCUUGCAGAUUCUCUAUGGAUAACAUUCCGAUAAGAGUGUUCACCAACAACAAAGCGAUGGGUGUGCCGUUCCCAAAUAAUCAGUCGAUGAAGGUGUACGCCAGCCUGUGGAAUGCAGAUGAAUCUGCAACGCAGGGUGGUCUGGACAAAAUAGACUGUUCAAAGGCUCUAUUUUCGGCGUCAUACAUGGACUUCAAAGCCAAUGCUUGUUUCUGAUCUUGUCAGUCGUCGAGUUGCAGUUUGACACAGUCAACAUCAAUGGCGUCCAGGAUUUGCAAGUCAAGAUCUUGAUGCCAAGAGCAGAAACAGGCUCUGAUGGGUGCAACAGAAGUUAAUGAUUUACAAUUAAUGUAUUGAUUUGGAGAAGUUCACACAGUCUUCCUCCCAAAUGCAAGAUCCAGAGGUUCUGAUGUUCAUUUCUAGUUAAGUUAGGUUUAUGAUCUGCUUAUGAUCUGCUAGCUCGAUAUGUUCUUUCGUAAUGUGGAUUUAAUUUAGU